UUUAUUUCUUCAGUGUCGGCAUUCGGUUCGAUGCCUUUAACAACUACUGCUAUUCCUUUGCUACUUUUGAGCUGUUUGUAUCUUCGUUUCCUCAAUUGCACCUUUUUUUAGGAGGAGUAACAUAGAAAGACUUGGAGUCAAUUAAUUUAGAAAGAUUGGUUACAAGAACACUUGAACACUUUUCACGUCAGUAAAUUGUCAUAAUUUUCAAAGUCAAUUUUAAAUUUGACUUAUUAGUCAUUUUUUGUGGGCUCAAUUUUCUUUUAAUAUUAACACAGUUCCAUAAUAUUUCACACAGUUUCGUAGUGAACAUUUUGAACAAUUCUUAAAACAACUUCGUUGAACAUCUUUAUUCCAGCCCUUACUAUCCAAUGUCGAAUGGUCAAGCUCAAAGGUUUGUAGACACUUCCAAACGAUUUUUAAAAAAAUUAGAAGGAGAGGGGACGAUUACACAAAAUUUAUGCACAUUUCUUCAGACAUAUCGUUCAAUACCGAAUGUAAACUCACCAGAGAAACGAUCUCCAGCAGAAGUCAUGUUUGGAAGGAAAAUGAGAAUAGAUUUAGAUUUGCUGCAGCCAAACAAGCUACACAAUGCAAAGUUAAGUCCAAAUAAAUUCAAAAUGGAAAAGCAAUUUAACAAAAGGCACGGUGCUAAGGAAACAAAAUACUUUAUAUUAGAUAAAAUAUACGUCAGUAUUCCAAAUGGAGUUAACCAUUUCAAAUGGAUGCUUGGGGAAGUCAUUGAGAAAAAAGGAAAAGUAAUGUACAAUGUUGCUCUGAACAAUGGAAAAGUAAUUCGUGUUCAUUGUUAUCAAUUACGAAAGCGCUACCACGACCAAAAUAAUAACCACAGAUUUUGGGAAGCUGCACUAGAUGUGUAUGACUUACCGCAACAAUCAGAUCAGUCUACAAAAGUACUCAACAAUCAGACACUGCCUAAGAUUCCACCACUAUCGGCAUCGCCAACCGAGUUAUCCAUAAUGUCUACAACAAUUACAACGGCUACAUCACCUGUUCUUCGUAGGACAACACGUAAUCGCAAAGCAGUAACUAGGUUUCAACCACAGUAAGACAUUUUGAAGAGGGAAGGUGUUACGAUAUAAAAUCAAUGAUCGUAACGAGAUGGCAUCACUAAUGUGAUCAGCUGUCUUAUGCGAGGAAAUAGUAAA